AGUAAGCAUUUGGUGGGCCCAUGUCAGAAUUUGAACGUAUUGAUGGCAGAACGGCAAAAUAGACCGGCAGAUGAGAUGAGCUAAAAUAUAAAUUUAUUAUUCAUUAUUUUAAUAAAAAUACGUCUUUUUUCCCCAAUGACUGCCUCUCAUUUCACUUUUUCGUCACAAAAUAAAAUAAAAUAAAAUAAAGGAGAUCCCAAACUCUGCAAAAAAUACAAGAACAGCAUAUCAGAAAAAUAGAAAAAAAAAACAAAAAAAAAGCAGCUUCCUUUAACUUCCCGUCAACUAAAUACCAUUUUUUUUGUUCUCAAAAAAAAAAAAAAGCUCAUCAUCUUAAUUUUAACACAAUUACUGAAAUUGGGUUUGUCAGAAUUCGGUUAAAAUCACCCAAAUCAGAAGAACCCAUGUUUGAAAUUUUUGUGUUAGAUUAAUUUUCUAACAAUAACCGAAUCUGGGUUUGUCAGAAUUCAAGCAAUUUCAGAGAUUCUGGGUUAGAAUUAGAUUGAUAAGAGAAGAGGAAGGUGUAAUAAAAUCUGGGUAAAAAAGAUUAUGAGAGAUGGUAAAUCAUAAUUGAAUUUGUAUAUUGAAAAACAAUGUACAAUAGCAGUAAUUUGAAGGGGGUGAUACUAGCAUGUGUAUCAAGUGCCUUCAUUGGGUCCAGUUUUAUCAUUAAGAAGAAGGGUCUUAAGCGUGCCGGAGUCUCUGGCGCACGUGCUGGUGUUGGUGGGUAUGGCUACUUGAUGGAGCCCUUAUGGUGGGUGGGAAUGACCACUAUGAUUGUUGGAGAAAUUGCUAAUUUUGUUGCUUACAUUUAUGCACCCGCUGUGCUUGUGACACCACUCGGUGCACUGAGUAUAAUUGUUAGUGCAGUGCUGGCCCAUUGCUUAUUGGAUGAAAAACUACAAAAGAUGGGGAUGCUUGGAUGUCUUCUUUGCAUAGUGGGCUCCACUGUCAUUGUGCUUCAUGCACCAGGGGAGCGUUCAAUAGAAUCUGUUGAUGAAAUAUGGGGAUUAGCUGUUCAACCAGCAUUUCUGCUAUAUACGGCAUCAGUAGUAGCGGUGGCAUUGGUAUUGAUCUUGUACUGUGCUCCUCGAUAUGGUCAAACCAAUAUUUAUAUUUAUAUAGGAAUAUGCUCGAUAAUAGGAUCACUGACAGUGAUGAGCGUGAAGGCCAUUGGGAUAGCAAUAAAACUUACCCUGGAUGGUGCAAAUCAAUUUAAAUACUUUCAGGCGUGGGUUUUUGCGAUGGUUUCGGUGACAUGCAUCAUUAUUCAAUUAAAUUAUCUCAACAUGGCACUUGAUACUUUCAAUACUGCAGUGGUCUCUCCUAUCUAUUAUGCACUAUUCACAUCAUUUACAAUUCUUGCUAGUGCAAUAAUGUUCCAGGAUUAUUAUGGUCAAAGUAUAAGCAAUAUUGCCUCAGAGCUUUGUGGAUUUAUCACCGUGCUAUCCGGGACCACAAUCUUACACAGUACAAGAGAACCUGAUCAACCAUUUAUUACAGAUUUGUACACACCACUCUCUCCAAAAGUAUCAUGGCAUCUGCAAAGUAAUGGAGAAAUUUGGAAGCAAAGGGAUGAAGACGGCCAGCCUCCUAACUGUAUCACAAUCCUCCGCCACGAUUACUUCAACUAGUUUGAACGCUGCUAAAAAAGUUUUGCUUUACGCAUUAUCCCGCCUCUCCGAGAUGCAGCUUCGCUGUACAGGAGGCAUAAUGUGUGAUGCUGGAGGGAGAACCUUGGGCGAGGUAUAGAUAUUAUAAUGAAGUUUGAAGUUUGAAGUUUGAACAUAUACAUGCUUGUGCCAGUUUGAUAAGGUGCAGAGAUAUGCUAAUUGGUUUAGGCUCAAUUUUUUUUUAAAGCUGCUCUCCUUGGCGGGUAAAUUGUGACCCCUCUUGUGCAAAAUUAGGUCCUUACUCCUUACUAAUUAUUUAUAGUGAUGAUUUUUUUUAUCUUACACCGUUUAGCUUUAGUCCAUGGUAGUGUGACUGUGUGACCUUUCCCUUGUAUAAGUGGACUGUGCUAUUUUUAGGGGUGGAGUAGAAGCACAACUUUAUCCCUGUAUUCUUUCUAACAUGCUUCUUAAUACUAGCAGAUUCUCAAAGAGUAACUAGCAGAUUAUAUUGUAAUAAGUUUUCAUCUUUUUGGUUAAGCAAAUAUAAGGUAUAUUUCAUUUCCAGAACCAAAAUGGAUAUACAACCUAUACUUUUGUAUACACUUAUGCUUUGUAUAAGGAAUUUCUCCAUUUUUAUCUA